AUGUCGGGUACGAGCAAGGGGAAGGGAGCGGAAGUUUAUCCGGAUGAGUGGCGUCUGAAUGCACUUAUCUGGUGCAACAUUUGCGAACAGGUUAAUUUGGAUCGGGGAUCAUUGUGUUGUGCGCGUGUUGAUCCAUCCACUGCACGUGGCUGUUACAACAGCAAAAUGUGCCGAAUGCUGCCAGUUGUGACUUGCACAUGGCUGGUUGAAGACGAAUUUGGCGACAGCGCAGCUGCUGCUGGCUUCGAUGUUUUCCAGGUGUCCCGGUUGAAAAAUGAGUGA